UGAAAUCGAUAUUUUGGCCGUUAUGCACAUGCGCCUGUUUCACACCCUGCUGCUCCUGCCAAACCCGUUAGCAUACCUAAAUAAUAACAUAUUAGAAGCAUAAUCAGCUAGGAAUUAUUGCCUAAAACAAUGACCACACAAACAGGCGGUGCUUCGGACUUGGACACGGAAUCCGUAGAGGUUUUGCGGGAGCGCUUGAGUACCAUGAAGCGAUUGAUGGCAGAGCGUACGGCACAGCAACAGAAUAAUCCAGCCUCAACCGAGGAAAUCUUUUCCACAAAACGCCAUCGCUCUGCUGGCAUUAUUGAUGGCAAUUUUCUGAGCAUCGCAUUUGGAGGCGCAUUGCUUGUUAUUGUAACGGUUUCAGUUUAUGCAUUCUACAAUCUGUAUCAUGCCAUCCUAAAGAAGUUUCCCUCCCGUCACGAAGAGUUGUAAUUUGCUAUUUCUGUGCAUUUAAUAAAUACAUGCUUGUGUGUCUGCCAAAGAAAAUGAAACUCGUUCGCUUUUAUUUGCUGUUUUGCAUUCGGUUAAAUUAACUAUUUAUUGAAAUUUGUUGUCCUUUCUUAAUUACAAUAAUCAUUACUUUUUCAUAUGCAUUUAUUUAUCUUCGUAUAAAAACUGAAUGCAAAGGGACAGCAAUGUGGAAUAUUAUGACUUUAGGUAAAAAGAACCAAACAAAAAUCAAUAAUAAAAAAUUAAAAAGGAACACUGAAGGAUUCUGCUGAUCUGGCAGGGAGAACACAAAAAUUAAUGGAGGAAAUCAAAUUGAGAACAUUUACGAAUAACACAUCGAUAUAUCAUAUUUUGUUGUCGAGAUGAUUACUUUUGAUUUUGCUUACUCGCUAGCUACAAUUCAAAAUGUUACCCUAUAUGUAUGUAGAACCAUUUGUAUUUAAUUCAUUAUCCUUUAGUUGAUCCGUUUUGGUUUGUUUAAAAAAGUAACUACAUAAUAUCGUUUCGCUUUUUUUUCUUUUUUUUUUUGCAUUUUUAAUUCAAAUAAUAUAUUGUUUGUGUCUCGUAAUGAUGCUUUGUUUUCAAUUUUCAAUAUUUUGUUUUUGCUUUUUCAUUUUCGUUUUAUAACAAGAUCUACUUGGUGUUGUUGACUUCAUUUCAUAAUUGAACAUUGAUGGAUGAAAAGCGAACUAUUGAAAUUUGGCAUCCGAAUAAUAAAAGAAAGUUUUGAAAUUUGUCGAAGAAUAACGCUAAAUUUGUUAAAGAUUUAUUGCUGAAUUCAAUAAUGGAUUUGUCACUUCCUUUUCUCGCUUGCAGUUGUUACUAAUGCCGCACAGGAUGUAUUGCUCUCUAGUCUCUUUCCUUGAAGCUUGUCCGUGUGAAUUUGUGAGUGUUUAAGGAAGGUGUGAGUGUUGAUGUUGUUUAUUUCUUUGUUUAUUUUUUUUUGUGGGGAAGGGAGAUUGGUUUUUGUUUUGUUGUCGGCUUUUUACAAAUUUGUUUAAUUCCCUAC